GCUGACCAAUUCAACAUGGCGCCGUAGGGACGUUGUUAUUGUUCCGUCGCUCCUACAAGCUUCUGCAGUUCGACUAAAACUACGUAGACAAAAAGAGGCUGAGCGCGUUUAUGCGGGCAUGAGAGGAACAUCUGGAGAUAAUGUUAAGAUCCACCGGCUUCUUCCGAGGGAUUGACUGUCCGUUUUACGCGGAGUACAGCGAGGGCCAAGGCGGCAGGAAUGGGUGUAACAGACCGUACUGUCACUUCAGGCACAGCCAGCACAGACGGCCGUCCUGCGGAGCACCGGCGGAUGUUAAAAAGCAAAGAGACCUUCCCUCCGCACACAAAGAACAAGGUUAUGAUCCCUUCAAUCCUGAAGUAGUGAGACCACAGGAGCAGCAAAAUGGCAAGCCUGCUGUCUCGGGAGACAUCAGUGGUGCUUUGGAGCAGGUCAACAAGGCAAUUGAGGAGGUCCGCAGCGAGGUGGAGCGGGAGAAGAGGAAGCUCUCUCGGAUUGGGGACGAACCGUACAAUCCCAGUGAGAAUGCCAGCUUGUCUUCAUGCAAGACUGAUACAAGUAAAGCAGCAGGUUCACACUUGGCCUAUGAUCCUGGGAGUUAUCAGAUCACAUCAGGAGGGUAUAAUCCCACCCCUGGCUGCAGCAAGUAUACCUUGGAUUCAGACAAUCAGGGGCACAACAGCAACUCUAUGGAAUAUGUUCCUACAUCACUGAAAAGGCCUUCAUCUCGGACACACUUGCAUCAACCCCCUUCUCCUCCUCCUAGUCCAAAGUAUUCAAAUAGCACAUCCUUCUCUAAGUGCAAAUACACUGUGGAUAAUUCUAGACCAUCGACAGACAUGGAGUAUGACCCACUGUCCAACUACUCAGCUGGAAUCGCUGUGAAGAACAAGAGGAGUGAGGGUUCUCAGCCUGUUAGGACAGAAAGCAGCAAAGCACACAAACUGUCAGGGUCUGAUUUCUCUGAUGAGGAGUAUGUUGUAGCUGCGAAAAAGCCACGGCAGCAAAGUGUAGACACAAAAAAGUACACCUUCUCUGACUCUGAUGGAGAGAGCUCUGGGGCAGAGUAUCGCCCCACCUCACUUAGCAAUCUCCAGCAAAGAAAAGCCAGCUACGGAUCAGCUCUUGGCGCUUUUGGGAAGGAGCGAAAAGAGAAUAGUGACAGUUUGCUAAAUGCACUGACGCAGAGGAAUAAACAGGACUCAGACACCCAGGAAAAUAUUAAAAGAAAAGACAGCCCAGAGAAGAAGAAGAAGGAAGCAGGCCAGACUAGUCAGGAGAAAAGUAGCAAGUCUGAGAAAUUACAUAAACUUGAAAAGGGAGUAAACAAAUCAUCCAGCAGUAAGAGUAGUGUUAGCAGCAGCAUUAAUAACAAAGGGUCGAUAAAAAGCUCAAACCAGGAUUCAGCAAAAAAGGAGAAUAGGAGUCACGACAAGAAAGACGAUAGGAAAAACACAGUAAAGGUUAAGACAUCAGACAAAGUUCCCAAGGAAAGCAGGGAUGAAAAGAAGAGUGAUGGCAAAUUGAAAACUGUUGACAAAGUUAAAAUUGACCCAAGCAGACAAGAGAAAUAUGCAGAAAAUGGUGCAAGGGAAAGCAAGAAACCCAAAACCUCAGACAAAGAAAAGGAACACAGCAAGUGUAAGGACCACCCCCACAAAAAUGGUAAGCUUGAUAGUAUCAAAAGAGAAAAAGAUGCAAAAAAAGUUAGUAAAAGCAGUUCUAGCAGCAGUAAAGUGAGUUCAUCAAACAGUAGAGAUAAAGUGAAGCAAAACAUCGGCUCUUCAAACGUGAAGAGACAGAGUCUGAGUCUGAGCCACGCUGAUCUGUUUGGAGAUGAGAGUCCAGAUGAGGCUGAGCCAAUGGAGGUGGAUUAUGGCGAUGAAGCCGAGGAAGUUCUGGUGAGGAAAUCGGCUGACGCCUUAAAGAGGGCUUGUCUGAACAAGAGGAAAGCAUCAGAACUGACUCCGUCUUCCUCUGAGGAUGAGGGCGACCGUGACGUGGACUGCAGCAGGAUGGGUAGGGACGAGGUUGAUGGCAUCAAAAUCGACUUAUCUGGUUUCCAGGAUGAUCUGGACUUUGACUCAGAUCCCAUGGAGGAGUGUUUGAGGAUCUUUAAUGAAUCCAAAGAUGUGAAGAAGGAAGACAAGGGAAGGCAGGCUAAGCAGCACUCCAGGGAUUCAGAGGAGGAGAAAAGCACAGACAGCACUUUAACCACUCUCUUCCCUGGUCAAAAGAAGAGAGUGUCCCAUUUUGUUGCCAAAGGAAAUACCGAUGCACCUUCUAAGACUGUCGUGCGGCCAUAUAAGAGACCCACGGCCCAGGAGAUCUGCUACCAGCGUAUGCAGAUGGCUCAGCAGCAAGCCGCUCAGCUUUCUGCUUCAGUCAAAGCAGCCGCACAGACCUCAAGCCCCAGCUUUUCUGGAGAGAGGAAGAGAAUAGCGCACCGUCCUAACCCUCAGAUAACAUCCUCUAAAACAAGUCCUGCAGAUGCUAAACAGGCUACUAGUCGUGUGUUAUCUCCAAGUCAGACCCUCCAGAGUGUCAAAGCCCAAACCACAGCUGGUAUUUUGUCCAAGACCUCAUCUACUGUCACACAGCGGAGGGUGGCACACACACCCACCCUGAAGAGUUCUUCAAUGAGGCGCCCUGUCAUCCCCAUUGAGUUUGGGGCCAAAGUUCCCACCAACAUCCGCCAGCGCUACCUCAACGCUUUCAUGGACGAAUGUGUCAAAUUUUCACGAUCAGAGGAUGACGCCUUCCACAUGGCCCUUGAUGAGGAGAAGCUGGUGUAUGAACGCAGUAGCAGUAAGAACAUCUACCUCAAUGUCGCUGUCAACACGCUGAAGAAGCUCCGGAGCAAAAGCAGCUCGAGUCCGUCUCCUGCCAGCAAGGACCCGGGGUCAGUAGCUAAAAGGAAGCCACAGUCCCAUGAAGAAGUUCUGGGAGGUCGUCUCGCUGCCACAACCAGCUUCACUGUCAACAGGAUGGGUAAACAACAGGAGGAGAAACUCACUGGAGCCACACUGUACAGGAAGAUGAAAGCGUACCUGAUGACAGAGGAGCAGCUCCAGGAGCACGGAUACCCGAGGCCGAACCCGGACGCUGCCGGCAAGGCCAUCAUUUACAACCAGCCAGAGAAAAAGGCCGUCACAGACUCGUUUUCCAAGAUAUGUUGUCGAUGUGGUGCAGAGUAUAAGGUCAACAUCAACGGCAGCUGCGUGCGGAAGGAGGAAUGUAGCUAUCACUGGGGACGCUUACGCAGACAUAAAGUUGCUGGAGGCUGGGAGACCAACUACAGCUGUUGUGCUGCAGCUGUGGGUGCUCCAGGUUGCCAAAUGGCCAAGCAACACGUCCAGGACGGGCGAAAAGAAUCAGUAGAUGGCUACGUGUCAACCUUCAGCAAACCUCGGCCUCCAGAUGGAAACGGAGGGGUGUUUGCCCUGGACUGUGAGAUGUGUUACACAAAGCAGGGUCUGGAACUGACCAGGGUGACGGUCAUCGACUCUGAGAUGAAAGUUAUCUACGACACGUUUGUGAAACCUGAAAGCAAAGUGGUUGACUACAACACACGGUUUUCAGGUGUAACGGCGGAGGAUUUGGAGAGCGCCACCAUCACCCUGAGAGAUGUUCAGGCUGUGCUGCUCUCUAUGUUCAGUGCUGAAUCCAUCCUCAUAGGACACAGUCUGGAGAGCGACCUCCUCGCUCUGAAACUCAUCCACAGUUCAGUUGUAGACACGGCCAUUGUGUUUCCUCACCGCCUUGGUUUGCCCUACAAGCGUGCCUUGAAGAGCCUGAUGGCCGAUCACCUCAAACGCAUCAUCCAGGACAACGUGGAAGGCCACGAUUCGAGCGAAGAUGCAACUGCCUGCAUGGAGCUGAUGAUUUGGAAGAUCAAGGAGGAUGCAAAGGUCAAAAGAUGACCUCUGACCUCUCUGCUCUGUGUUCUUGAGUAUGAUUUCCUGCUUUCGUGCCGGUUGCAGGUGGACAGACCAUUUUAAUCAGUAAAAGCCUGAGAGAAGCUCGGUGUUGAUGCUGUCUACUGUAUUUGAGAUGAGAGCUGUCAGCCCCCUCAAAGCAAUAGGAGCCUCAAUUAACAAUGUUUUCAUUUGCUAAUUUUUAUUUCAGUUCUAUAAAAUGUAAGUUAACAUGUAUUUCUGUUUAAGGCCUCAAACCUAUUCAUAAAUAAAACUACUCUACAGGAGAACUAGUUGAAAAGUUGGGUCAUUGUCCACUGAACAUUAGGAAAUUAACGAUAUUCAUGCCAGGCUGUAUCUUCAGCCUAAAUUGCACUAUAGAAAUGCUCUUGUUGUUUAGGGCCCAAGUCUGAGUACCUCAUGUGUGUUGUAAUGAAUGAUGUGUUACUUAUUUUUAGUUACAUUUAGGUGCUUUGAUCUCUUUAGUCCUUCGAACGUUGCGAUGUAAAUGCACUUAUUCAUGUUGCACCAGGUUUCUUGUCACUGACGAUGUGUUUAUAAGGCAUUUCUAACAGAGUUAUUUUUGUUGGUUGGCUCUCAAAUCUGAGAAAUACUUGAUCAUAUUGGAAAACAAAAACAUGUGAAGUCUGCCUGUUUGGUUUGGUAUAGUUGAAGGAUUAUAUCUGUAUUUUAAAGUUCAGACAAAAUACUCACUAUAUCCACCGUUGUCUCUGUGUCAUGGGCACUGCAUGAAACCACGGGAAUAGUUGUGACAGCAGGUAUGACAUGUAAUUCUUCCACAAAAUUACUAAAUUAGGUUUAGUGUCAUUAAACUAAGUCUUGGUUAUUAACAGCAAACAAGUUACCAUUUAGUGAGCAUCAGCUAACCUGUGCUGUUUAUGUUGGAAAUGACUGAAAAACUACCAGUGCUGUAAAUAAGCAGUUUUCCUUUUGUAUUCAUUUUUUUGGGUUCAUCUUUUUCUAUUAAAAUGUGUUAGUUAAAACUA